AAGCCCCCUUUCCCGAUCCUCGUCGCCAGGGCCGGCCGGGCUCGGCUCCGGGGCAGCCCUGCCGUCUGGCAGGAGCCGGGGAGAGACAUGCUGUUUUGUUUAAAUCCUCCACAUUCUUUGCCAUUUCCCCAUUGGCCGGAUGGGGCUACCCUCCCCACCGCGGCCGCUGCUGAUGUCAGCCUCGCUGGCGCUCGCUCCUCCCGCACCCACCUCCCCGGCCCGAGGCACACUGCAGCUCCGCGCGGACUCUCCGGCCCCGGCGCGGUGGCUGCAAACUCGCGGGCACGCACGGCGCGCGGGGAGCCGAGGUACUCGGGGGAGGGGACGUGCGCGGAAGGCGCCAGCUUCCUAUCGCCCGCCCCUCGCCGCCGCGAGCUCAGGUUGGAGGAACCCCGGGCCCUAGCCCGACUGAGCCGGGCGGCGGCAGCGGCGGCGGCUUCCUUUUUCUCCCGCUGCGAGCCCUGGAGCGCCUCGGGGACCGGCCCUAAAAAGAGCAGGAAAUCUUGUUUACCGCCCGGGGAGAGGAGUCGAUCAAGCCUUUGUCUGGAAAGUCAGCAUCUCCAGCUCCGGCUGCAAUGUGUUCCUGGUGACAUUAGCAUUGGCAGACCCGCCGGAGAAGGGGGGGGGGGGUCGCCAGGUUCAUGUCUGCUUUCGGAGGCGGAUCGAGCGGGUGACUUUUGUGCAUUCGUUUUAAUUUUCGGAAAUCUCUCUUUUUAUCUCCCCGGCCCGCCAGCGGGCAUGUCCUGAUCCGGCGGCCGCUCCUACCGCCCGGGGCUACCGAUUUGAGCGGUUCCCAGCGGGUCUCCCUCCUCCCUCCCUGGUCCCUCCCAGACUUUCCAACACCGCGUUCCGGGAGGACCGAGCUCGGCGAGGAAGAAGGCGGGGGAGCCCCGAACACCCGGACCCGAACCUUGACAUGCUCUCCGGCGGAGGGGAGGAAAACAGGAGCUGAGCGCACCGCCGGGGCUGCUUCGCCGGCCGGCUCCGAGCGCAGGGCUCCGGGCGCCCUGCCCUGCGCCUGGGCGGCAGCUUUGUUGGUUUGGGGGGCGCCCCCCGCUUCCCGCCCCAGGGGCGCGCGGCCGGCAGGACCAUGCUGCUGAAGGAAUACCGGAUCUGCAUGCCGCUCACCGUGGACGAGUACAAAAUCGGACAGCUGUACAUGAUCAGCAAGCACAGCCAUGAACAGAGCGACCGCGGAGAAGGGGUGGAGGUCGUCCAGAAUGAACCCUUUGAGGAUCCUCACCAUGGCAACGGGCAGUUCACCGAGAAGCGGGUGUAUCUCAACAGCAAACUGCCUAGCUGGGCUAGAGCUGUUGUUCCCAAAAUCUUUUAUGUUACAGAAAAGGCUUGGAAUUAUUAUCCCUACACAAUCACAGAAUACACAUGUUCCUUUCUGCCGAAAUUCUCCAUUCAUAUAGAAACCAAGUACGAAGACAACAAAGGAAGCAAUGACCGCAUUUUUGACAAUGAAGCCAAAGACCUAGAGAGAGAAGUUUGCUUUAUUGAUAUCGCCUGCGACGAGAUUCCAGAACGUUACUACAAAGAAUCGGAGGAUCCCAAGCAUUUCAAGUCCGAGAAGACAGGACGAGGACAAUUAAGGGAAGGCUGGAGAGAUAGUCAUCAACCCAUCAUGUGUUCCUACAAGCUGGUGACCGUGAAGUUCGAGGUCUGGGGGCUUCAGACCAGAGUGGAGCAAUUUGUACACAAGGUGGUCCGGGAUAUUCUGCUGAUUGGACAUAGACAGGCUUUUGCAUGGGUUGAUGAAUGGUAUGAUAUGACAAUGGAUGAUGUUCGGGAAUACGAGAAAAACAUGCAUGAACAAACCAACAUAAAAGUUUGCAAUCAGCAUUCCUCCACUGUGGAUGACAUAGAGAGCCAUGCCCAAACAAGUACAUGACAAUGGAUGAAGUCCGAGAAUUUGAACGAGCCACUCAGGAAGCCACCAACAGGAAAAUUGGCAUUUUCCCACCUGCGAUUUCGAUCUCGAGUAUCCCCCUGCUGCCUUCCUCGGUCCGCAGCGCCCCUUCU